GUCAAUGCACUAGAUGUGGUGUACACAAUCUCUGCCCCCUAUUCAUUCCUCUUCCAUUCAUCAUUUUAACUAUAUGAAAAGAGAGAAAUGUUCUUUACAAAAUCUGCAUAAAGAACAUACAUUUUGGUCACAUGGCAGCAUCUUCAUCUCCUCGAUCGCCUUUUACGUCGCAAACUAUUAACGACGAAAAUAAUAGUUCUAUGAAAGAAACAACAACUUCUUCAUCCAUAAGCAAAAUCAGUCCACUGAUUUUGCUAGUUAUAAUAGUAUUAGCAAUUAUCUUUUUUCUCUAUGGACUUGUCCAGUUAAUUUUAUGGUUACUGAUGAAAAGGCCAUCCUCUUCAUCUCAUUAUAAUUCCAACAGAUUCCAAGAAUCGGCCCGAACCCGAUCUCUUCAGAGGCAACUACAACACUUAUUCCACUUGCAUGAUUCAGGUCUUGACCAAGCUUUCAUUAACACUCUUCCUGUUUUCAACUACCAAGAUUUAUUGGGUUUGAAGGAGCCUUUUGAUUGUGCUGUGUGUCUCUGUGAGUUUUCUGAACAAGAUAAGCUGAGAUUGGUUCCUAUAUGCAGCCAUGCAUUUCAUAUGAAUUGUCUUGACACAUGGCUUCUCUCAAAUUCUACUUGUCCUCUUUGUAGAGCAAAUAUCUCCAACAAUAGUUUCCCUUUGGAGAAUGUUAAUGUUGUCGAGGAUUCUUUGGUUUUGUCACAUAGGUUCAAUGUCAAUGGUGAUAAAGAGAAUAGUAUUAUUGAGGAUAAUCAAAUAGGUGACAAAAGGGUGUUUUCUGUGAAGCUGGGAAAAUUCAGAAGUAAUGGAUUGGAGAAUGGUAGUACUAGUAGUUGUAGUUUGGAUGAAAGGAGAUGUUAUUCAAUGGGUUCAUAUCAGUAUGUGUUUUGUGAUUCAAAUUUGCAAGUGGUUUUGUCUCAAUCUUAUUGUGAAGAAGAUGAAAAUGGGAAUGUGGAGGGGAAGAGGAUAGGGAAUAGAAUCAAAGGUGAGAGUUUUUCUGUUUCUAAGAUAUGGCUUUGGUCUAAGAAGAGCAACAUUCCUAGUUCUAAUACUGUUUUUCCUUGAUUUUCUUGUUGUGUAAGAAACUUAGAAAGGUAAAUUUUUAUGUGAAAUCUCAAUUUUCUAUUU